AUGGCAGCACCAGGGCAUCCGAUGUCUUUGGCUUUGCUUUCUUUUGUUUUGCUGCAGAUAUCUUCUUAUAAACAAGUGGCUGCUUUUAAUGAAGGAAGUUCAGAUGAACCAGCAUCACAAGACAUCCAAGCCAAAGAAAGUUUGUUUCCUGCAGAUGGGAUUGGUGACGACAGUCAGAGUAUCUUAUAUGAUCCCAGCUCGUUGUUUGCAGCGGAGGAGAUUCUCAGCCAGGCGCUGCAGCAAAAUGGAUGGCACUCACAGAUGGCAUCUCUGCCAAGCAGGCGAAGGUUGCUGCAAAAUGGAGAAGUGAGGCCUUAUUCUCCUCUGAAUGUGGUUUACAAUGGGAAAACAUGUAUUCUGUUUAGAGCAAGGAAGAUGGGUAUCAGGUACAAAAAUUACACAUUAGUGGAUCUUACAGAGAGGGUUUUUGGUCUUGAACCGUUCGUGGACACAAGAGGAUCAUUCUGCAGCAAGGACAAGGCCACGCUUAAUAUACGUUUUGGAGAUGUGGAUGAACUCAUUAGAGGACUUUCUAUCAGACUGCAGAUGUCCAACACGUUUUAUGAGUCAUCGGGACAGAACUGGUUUACUCUGGACAGUGUUCACAUCCACUACAACUGGACGCAUGAGGCCACGUUUAACGCCACGGACGUUUACAGUCCUGCCACCAACUCGUAUCACUGCAAGCAUGUCAGCAGUCUGCAGAAGUAUGAUACGCUGCUGGUGCCCAGUUCCAACACUGACAAUGCAGUGAACUGGCACAUAACAUUCACUGACUUCCAGAUUCAAGCCUUCAACGUCCUGUCCAAUAAAUUCGCUUCGCCCAGUGACUGCGCCACCUUUUUCACCCCAGCCAUCCUCAUGGGUCUCAUCACUUCCCUGAUCCUGCUGCUCGUCCUCGCCUACGCCCUGCACAUGGUGGUCCACCUCAAGCACAUCGACCGCUACGAAGAGCACAAGACCACAGUCUACUUCCCCCGAAGCACAGAGGUUCCUGAGAGCACAGAGAAAAACAACGUGUAGAGAUGUUACAUUUCCUGGCCACAGAGAUGGACCGUUUGGUGACUCCUGUACAGCCUGUACAGUGAGAGUGCAGGGCAGGCUGGUAGAGCACUUCUAGAGCGUAUU